GGGUUGGGUUGGGUUGGGUUCAACCAAAACUUAGGAACAUUUUACCGACUGCUGUCCUUACACGCUACUAAACACUCCCCAUCCAAUCCAAACACGCCCCCAAACUCUGCCAAACACAGAAAAAAACAUUCCCUCCUUCAUUCUGGGGAACGUUGCUUUCACGCGCCCCCGCACUCACCGGAGAUCGGCAACCUCCGCCAUGGCCUCCGCCGCUAAACCUCUGCCGUCGCCUUACUUCUCGCCCGAUCCUCCACCGAGGCUGGCCGUGACACCGGAUCAGCUCAAGUACUGCUCCGAGGCUCUCGGAUCCUUGAAGGAGAAGCUCCAAUCGCCUUACCUGAUCGGCCAAGAGUUUGAUUAUCUCCAGGAUAACAGGAUAACGCCAUCGGAGAUGAAGAUAAAUUGCAGUGUUGCUUUUGAUGCUGUCAAUUUGAACAAGAAUCGCUACACUGAUGUCUUGGCAUUUGAUAGAACUAGAGUGGUGCUCAACUCUUGCAAGGACUAUAGACCUGCUGCAAGAGGCUACAUUAAUGCCAACUUCAUUACGACUUCUUCUUCUGAAAGCAUUUCUCGGUUUAUUGCUACACAAGGGCCUCUUCCUCACACUUACGAGGAUUUUUGGGAAAUGGUGAUCCAGUAUAAGUGUCCUGUUGUUGUGAUGCUAACACGAUUGGUUGACAACUAUAAGAUGGUAAAGUGUGGAGAUUAUUUUCAGGCGGAAGAUGGUCCUAGAGAAUUUGGUAACAUAUGCAUUAAUACUAAGUGGAUAAGUACCACUAACACCUCAUUAGUGCUGCGCCAUCUGGAGGUGAACUACAAGGAGUCAGAGGAACCACCUAUGUCUGUUCUGCAUAUUCAAUAUCCUGAAUGGCCAGACCACGGUGUUCCUGGAGAUACAAUAGCAGUUCGCGAAAUUUUCAAAAGGGCACAUCAAAUACCACCAAAUAUUGGCCCGAUUGUGGUUCACUGCAGUGCAGGUAUAGGAAGAACUGGAGCAUACUGUGCAAUUCAUAAUACAGUCCAAAGAAUUCUUACUGGAGACAUGUCUGCAUUAGAUCUCGCCCAAACCGUAACCACAUUUAGGUCUCAGCGUAUUGGAAUGGUUCAAACACUGGAGCAAUAUCAUUUCUGUUACUUGGCCAUCGUUGAUGAGUUGGAAGAUCUCAUCUCUGGGUGUAGUGGCGAAGGCAGUUCAAAGAGAGCCAGGUAAAUGACAGCAAAUACUAAAUGAAGUUUAGAACUCCAACUACUUUCCCUGUUCCGGCGGCGUUGAUGGCGUUGAUGCAGCUCUCUCUACUUGUGUAGAUUCCUUUGUUUUGGCCAAAUUAACCAUUUUCUGAUUAGCAGCAUUAACCAUUUUUCAAAAAUUGCAAUGGGCAUCGUCCUCCCUUGGACUUUGGAAUGUAAAUUUCCUUAGCUGCAUUGUCUUUCAUGAGAUGACUUUUGUUCCUCCUUGUAAGGUUCUUUUUACUUCUAACGCAUUUUUAUGAUGGACUCCUUUUUCUCU